CGGGCUCUGUGUGGGGGAAAAAGCACCUUUCAAUGUUUCCCUGAUGGACAGAAAGACGGAGGAGAUGUUGCUGCUAAAAUAUACUUUUCAUCGUGAAUUUUCGCUUCUCUUGGAUCAUUUAAUGAGAGUAUUAUUCGCCGAAGCCUCAGUUUUACUCGCUGAAGCCUCUUGAGGACCGCGGUCUGCUGUGCUGGAUGUGAGUUGAUGUCGACGUCAGGAUUCCUGCGAUUAUUUGCCGGAAGAUUCUGCGCGAGGGUUUGUUUUUGUUUGGAGCUCGUGAUGAUGGAUAACGUUUACAACGAAAAACGGACAUAAAACACGGAAAGACGAGCGCUGAAGAGGCCUGUGGUUUAUUUAAAUCGGUUACUAAGCUUAACGUCUCAUCAUUGACAGGCAUGAACAGAUUGGAGGAAGUCGUAAACCAUUGGUUAUGGCGGGAAGACUUCUGGCUUCCUCCUGGCGUUACGUGGAAAGACAUCGCAGAGGGAACGUCGAAGGGAAGUCGGCAUCCCGUACCGCGAGAUCUGCUCAUCUCAUUCCCAUUGGCCCUGGGGUUCAUCGCCCUGCGUUUUGUAUUCGAAAGGGUUGUGUCUCUGCCUUUGAGCCGCCGGCUGGGUGUUCGUGACAGGGUUUGGGUUCACGUCACGCCCGUCCCCAAACUGGAGGCGUUUUACCUGCAGAAGAAGACAGAGCCGUCACAGGAGGAGCUUCAGGCUCUGGUGAAGCUCUGUGGUCUCAGCGAGCAGCAGAUUCAGUCAUGGCUCCGGCGCCGCAGAGUUCAGGACCGACCCGCAAACUCCCGCAAGUUCAGCGAAGCCUCGUGGAGGUUUGGCUUUUAUCUCAUCAUCUUCUCAGCCGGACUCAUUUCUCUCAUUCAAACUCCGUGGUUUUGGGAUCACCGGGAAUGCUGGAGCGGAUACCCGGCACAGGCAGUCGCAGAAGCCCAGUAUUGGUAUUAUAUCGUCGAGCUGUCCUUCUACCUUUCACUUCUGCUUUGCGUAUCGGUGGACAUAAAGCGCAAAGACUUCCAAGAGCAAAUCAUCCACCACAUCGCCACCAUUUUCCUCAUCGCAUUCUCAUACUGUGCGAACUAUGUGCGCGUGGGAACCCUGGUGAUGCUCGUUCACGACUCGUCUGACUUCCUGCUGGAGUCCGCCAAGAUGUUUAAUUAUGCUGGAUGGAGGAAGACCUGCGAUGCCCUGUUUGUUGUUUUCGCUGCAGUUUUCUUAGUAACUCGCCUUAUAGUGUUCCCUUUUAGAAUCGUCUACACCGCUGUGGUGGAUUCAUUGGACGUAUUUUCCCCAUACCCUGGUUAUUAUUUCUUUAACGGCCUGCUGCUGGUUCUUCAAGCUCUGCACAUCUUUUGGGCUUGGCUGAUUCUUCGAAUGGUUCACAAAUUUGUCUUUUUAGGCAAAGUGGAGCGAGAUGAAAGGAGCGAUGAUGAAAGCGAGCCUGAUGAAGAUGAUGAAGUCGGAGAAGAAGAAGAAGAGCGCAGCUGGGAGCAAAAAAAGGGUGCACUUAAUUCAAAACUGGCUUCUUUGGCCAAUAACUGUGUUUUGAACAAUUUAACAAAUCGGAGACAAAAAAUUAAUAGUAGAACACCAAAGGAUAGAUAGUAAAUCCACUUUAUGCAUUUAAAGGGGCGUUUCACCCACAAAUUUAAAAUCAGAGUUUCCUUCUGUUGAACACAAUGAAGAUAUACUGAAGAAUAGUGGAAAAGACAACCAUUGACUUUAAUAAUACUUUUGGACAUCAUUUUCUGCUUUUUCCCCCCAACAUUCCUCAAAAUAUCUUGUUUUGUGUCCAACAGAAAAACAAAAACCUUUGGAACCACUUGAGCGUGAGUAAAUGAAGAAAUUUUCAUGUUUGGGUGAACUAUCCCUUUAAGUGUUUUGUUUUUAACUCACUUCCUUAGCUUUCUUGUCUGUCAAGCUCCAACUCUGAACUUCAUAUUUUGGUUUCAUAACAAUAAUAAAUAAUACAAUUUAUGCUGUUACCAUUAUAGUGUGUUCGAAUCAAAACAAAGUGAACUCUUAAAUUAAAGUUAGUCGAAUUGGCACAUUAAAAAUUAAAAGGUGUGCAUUAAAAUGACUCAAGAACACGUGUGCCCCCGGUUUCACAAACAAGGUUUAAAGCAAGUCAAGAUUAAAUUGAAUGUUUGAGCUGUCUCAACUCAAAAUAACUUGCGUGAUAUGUCUUAAAAUACGUCAGGGUCAUUUUUUUAUCCAGUAAUAUAUUUUUUUAAGGCCAUUUUUAUAAAUGUGGCUAAAUAGCUUAAUUUAACCAAGGCCUAGUCCUGGCUUAAUCUAAGCCCUGUUUGUGAAACUGGGCUGUAAAGUAUUAAAUUGUUGAACUGUUUAAAUUAAAUUAGAUUAUGUUACUAAAGUGCUGCUACUGUUCAGUAUGGAACAGAAAUAUAUAUAUAAACUCUUUUGAGAGUGACUACAUGUAGAUGCACCUUUUAUAGUACUUUUCAUAGCGUUUAUUUAGACAUUUUAGUCUUAAGUUGAGUGAAAAUCUGUGACUUGUCUGCACAGGCUCUUGUUUUUCUAGAAUGGGCAUCAGUGGAUAUCUAGAAAAGACUUCUGGCGCCAUCUUGUGGUGAAAUAUCCAUUUGUGUUUGUGAUUUUACCACUGGAGCUUGUUGUUUUGUUAGAAGCACUUUUUUGUUGAGCACUGGAAUAUCAAGCAACAAAACUGAUGAUUUUUGCUUGACAAGUGGGAAGUGGAUUUGAGGACAUCUUUUUGAUCUGAGGACCAUGAUUUUUCUGAAUAAUGAAUCCGCUCCAUGGACUGAGGAGUGAAGCAUUUUUUUCUAUUCUGAAUAGAGCUGGAACUUAUUCUUGUUUAAAGCACAUUCACACAACUAGCAUAAGUUUAUUUGCACCGUAGCCAUAAACUGAGCCUUUUGUCUGAAAGCUGUGUGUGUCCUAUACUCUGUUUAUUCUUAGUCUUAAAAUGACCUGCGAUUGUUUCUCUAAGGAUGAAUUUUACAAAUUUGGUUGUUGGGAUUUUAUUGACUGUGAUUUUAUUAAUGCAAUAUACUGCGUAACUUUUAACACUGACAGAAGGAUAUAUGUAUUCUUGUGAUAUAUGAGCCAGCUUCUUCAGUUCUUUUAAUGUUGUACACUUCUCAUUCCAGUAUUUGUUUCUAGGUCCUUUUGAAUACCUAUUAAAAUGUUAAUAUUAAAA